AUCUUGCCACUUCGUGUAUUAUUUAAUAUUACCUUUGUUGAUCUAUGUUCGAUAUCUGCCAAGUAUUUCCAUACUGAACAUUAACUGCCAUAUGUUUCUUCCACAGUUAUCGGUAAACAUAGCUACGACCGUCAGCCGCCCCCCGUUACGUAGGUCGGAGCUUUCGUUGCCCAUUGUGGAUCCGCGUUUCUUGCAAAUCACCCUCGACUACCUUCAUUGCCCAGAUUCAUCGCCAGCAAAGGAUGGUGAGGACAUGGAAGACAACCCAAUCAUAUCUUAUCGAAGGACUAAAGGUGCCCUGCGGAGAUUCUUUGGUACCGGGAGUCACUUCUAUAUGACUGGUUUCAAAAUGGAGAACGGGACAAGCAUAUCCCGAAUGGAGUUGAUUAAAGCUUGGGCCUGUGCCAGUCAGGCACUUGUCUUUUUCCAUGAGAUUUUCUUGUAUAGACUCGACGACGUUCAAGUUGGCCAAGAUAGUUUUAGGAAUUCGGCGAAUAAGCUUUUUUGGGAGGCAUCUGGCUGUCAGAGAGUGAUACAAAGCGCAAUGGUUGAUCUGUCAGUUUAUGAGGGAGAAGCUCCAUGGGAAAUGCCGACCGCCUGGUUACCUUUACCUGAUUCAUACGACAUUUCCAAUCUUGGCGAAUUUGGGGAGCAAUCCAUGAUCUGUGACGCCAUCCUCAGCGGAAACCGGUCUUUAAACUUAGAAGGGGGCCAACCGACUAUAACGCCGUUGUUCAUCCUUGCCGCACGACAUAUGCUCGCUCUUCAUGAACAAGGUUACGAUCAGAUAUUUUGGAAAGCUCGGCCUAUCUCCAAAGAGACGGGAGAACCGGUACCUCCUGUUCGGAAAAUGUACCACCUCCCCCCGGGGUUUCCUAUCGACGAUCGCGAGAUUAGGCUACGCAUCCGCCUUAGUAAUGGGGAAGUACGUGUCGAAGAUUGCGAGGAUCAGGAGGAUAAAGAUCUGGGAAAUGAUGGUCUGAUCGUGGACAACAUAUCCGAUAGCACCUUGGCUAGAACAUCGGAAUAUGACUCCCAAUCCAGCUUUUCUACUUCUUCUAUUUCGCCACUUCAUGGUUAUAACAAAAAUCCCAACACAUCCUCUGCUCUCGUAAAUUGGCUUUUCCCAAGCAAUAGUAAUAACCUGCGUAAAAGACGAGCAUUUAGUUAAGCCUUUGCCAUCUUUACUUAAAAACAAGGAGGAAUGGACUAACUGAUCAAGAACGCUCGUGGAGUUGCAAAAGUCGCUGAAGAUUGCACAUUUUAUCUUUCCUCAUCUUUCAAAGACAUUGAAUGCAGAGAGAGGGGGAUCCGAACAGAAUGAGAGAGGAUAACGGUUCUGACAAUGCGUGAGGCAGUUUUGGAGACUCGAGGUUCGAGAUUCAAAGCAUUCGUUCCUUUUUCCUUCUCCCCCUUUUUGCCAUGAAGCGAGGCUGUGAUAAAAUAUAUACGUAUCCAUAGAAUAAUCCAUUUGAGGAUCCAUUCACAGAACAAUGCAAGUGAUUUUACCAAU